UCCCUCCUCUUGAACCCUUUCUUCCUCCUCCCCACCGCCUCCAAUCCCCCGCAAUUCCCUCUCUCUCUCUCAUCUCUCAUCUCUCAUCUCUCUAGCCUUCCCGUAGGAUCCCUAGUUAGCAUUGCUCUUCUUUUCCCUUCGCCCAUCUCCAAUCCCAAAGACACAGCUGCUAGCUCGCAGAAUCCAUACCCUGCUCUGUUCUUGCUGGCUCUGCUCCUGACUUGACCUCUUCUCCUUGCCACGGACAGAGGAGUACGGCAGAAUCCUUCCGUCCGUCCCCUAUUUUGUUCUUGGUGUUUUCAUAUAGGCGCAGCUCGAGUCGAGUCCAUCCCAGGUGGGGGGUGGGGGCGGCCAUUAGUUUUUCUUCUUUCCUCUUUGGAGUUUGCCCAUGUCCCAAGGUCUCUGCUGCGGCUCUGCUUAGCGCCCUGUUUGCCCCUCGGAAAAGGAAGAAAAAGCUGCCGCUUCCUCGCUACCUUUUCUCCGUCUUCCUCUCCGUCUCGCAGCUUUCAUCGGCCGAGAAGCAAGGAGAUUUCUCGGUUGACGAGCAAUCUCGUGGGGUUUAGGGGUUUAGGAAUUCAUUCGGUUCUUGCGGAGCUGUGGUGGUGGCGGCAGCGGUGGAAUUGAUUGAUCGGCCGGAGGAGAAGAGCUGGAGUAAAUUCUCGGUUUGAGCGGUGGUGGUUGUGGUUGAGGGGGCAUUGGCGAUGACGUCCUCCUGCAUACCCACGGGGCUGCGGCUGGACCUGGACAUGGUGAAGGCGGCGGCGUCGCCGGGGGCGCACGCGCACUCGUCGCCGCUGCGGCCGGCGCACUCCUCGCCGUCCUCCACGCUCUCGGAGGCCUCCAACGCGUCCUCCUCGGCCACCUCCGUGUCGCUCAAGCGCGCGCGGGCGCCGCGGAAGCGCCCCAACCAGGCCUACAACGAGGCCGCCGCGCUGCUCGCCUCCAUCCACCCCUCCGUCUUCCCCGUCAAGAAGAGCCCCAAGACGGCCACGGCGCCGCGCCCGCCGCUCUCGGGCCUCGCCGUGGCCUUCGGCGCCGCCGCACCGUCCUCCUCCGACCUCCUCCCGCCGCUCCCCGUCCUGUCCGACGCCGCAUUCCUCCUCCGCGACCACGCCGCCUCGCCCUCGCCGCCGCCGCCGCCGCAGAGCCCGUCCACCGACGCCUGCAAGAACUGCUCGUCCCCGACGCCCGUCAGCAGCGCGUUCCGGGAGUUCCGCGACCCGGCGCCGUCGCCGGCCAGCCCCGACACCGCCACCGACGAGCCCGGCGAGCUCGACUUCGACGACGACGGCUUCGACGCCGAGUCCAUCCUCGACGUCGACGAGGCCGCGGCCGGCGGCGCCGCCGAGGGCAUCGACGGCAUCAUGGGCAGCCUCACCAUGGAGGCCAACACGGCCACCGCCACGUCCGACGACUCCAUCCUGUCCAGCUCCGGCAUACACCCCUACCUCAGGAGCCUCAUGGUGGUCGGUCUCGCUGGCCGGUUCGAGCUCGGCCUCGGCUCCCGGCAGAACACCCGCCCCAACCUCAACCGUGCCCUCAAGCGGCGGGACGACGACGGCGCCUGGUGGAUGUGGCCUGCCGUGCCGGUGAAGGACAUCACGGUCACACCACCGACGCCACCGCCGACAGAACCGGCAGCGGCAGUGUCCAACACCGCAAUGCCGCCGCCGGCGUCGGCAGCACCAGAGAAGAAGAAGAGCAAGAAGAAGAAGAAGGUGAAGAUGGAGAAGUUGAUGGCCAAGGAGGAGGAGUCGGCCAAUGGGAAAUGCGAGGAGGGAGCCGAUGGAACAGUGGACGCGGCUGACGGCAAUGGCGACGGUGACAGCGCGCCGACAAAGGCGCCGAAGACCGGCCUGGGGCUGAAGCUGGACACCGACGACGUGCUCAAGGAGUGGUCCGGCAAAGGGUCUAUGUUCGCCGAGGGCAGCGGGCCGGAUUCGUCGGAAUCUGCCGCCGAAGUGCGGGCCAAACUUGCAGACAUUGACUUGUUUCCUGAGAACGGGUCCGGCGGCAUCAGGGAAGCAAGGGUGAUGAGGUACAAGGAGAAGCGGCGCAACCGGCUGUUCUCGAAGAAGAUCCGGUACCAGGUGCGGAAGGUGAACGCCGACUGUCGGCCUCGGAUGAAGGCAAGCACUACUAGAACUGAUGCUUGAAAGAAUAAAAAGUUCCAGUAUAAUAUUUGGAAGGUUUGUUAGGAGCCCGUCUCUUCUGCAGCAAGCCCUGGAGGAAGAGAGCUAGAUAUAGUGAUACUUGUUGCUAGCCUUUUAAAUGGACACCUCUUUUUGGCCCUUUUUUUAGCUUCUAUCGUUAGCUAAGAGACCUCAGUGAGUGAGUGAGAGUUUUUUGUUCCCUCCCCUUUUUAUCUUUUCUUUUCUUUGUGUUUCGGAGUUUUGCUUUGCGGAGAGAGGAGGAUAGUGAUGCCCGGUUGCCAUGGGGAUCAGAGAUCAGGUCAGGUCACAUAGUUUUUAUGUCUCGGGUUUACAAUGUGAGGUAAAGGAAGGAAAUAAAGUGAUGCUAGAAUAUUUACAGUCA